AUGUCGUUGGGCAUAUCGCUGUCGCAGCUGCUCGUGGACAACCCGAAGCCUUUCGCGACCGGGUGCGAGGCCCUGGACGCAGCGCUGGACGGCGGGUUCCGUCCCAGAGCCAUCUACGAGGUGUUUGGUCCUCCUGGCGUGGGGACUCUGGAACUCGGCGUGCAACUGGCGACGAACGCGGUGCGCGCCGACCGCCCCACGCUUUGGAUGGACGCCCAUCUGAGCACCGCACUGGACCACCUCGACGCGCUCCAGCACACCAAGCUCGACAAGUUCUCACACUACGUGUAUUUCUUCCAGCAACUCGCCGGCCAGGAACGCGACGACGGCGAUCACCGCUACGCGCUCAUCGUGAUCCGCGGCCUGUCCAAGGUGGUUACCGACUACGUGAAUGUGGCGGAGGCUACGCACCAGUUCAAGAAUAAGAGUCUCAUCACUUUGUUCACCGCGAUGACCAAGUACGCGCACGCGCACCGCACCGCGAUCGUGUUGUUGAACGACGCCAUGAAUACGGGCUACGACGUGGCGGCGGGGCCGCCGCCAUCGCCAUCGUCGGCGGCGUCGUCGUCCUCGUCGUCGCUGGCCGCCCAUCUGGUCCCGUACUCGGACGACAUGUCCUCGCCCUUCCUACUCAGGUCCUCCGCCCGCCGCCGCGCCGUCCAGGUACUCCGCAGCGCCCUCGUCGCCAACCUCGCUGUCGGCAACAACGACCAAGUGUGGGAAGUGUUCCUCAAGCGUCGCGUGGCCCUGCUGUGGGCGUGGGACGUUUCCCAACCCUGGACCCGGAUACCGACCAAGCACCGCAUCGCGGUGGUCCACGACCUCGGCCACAACACCACCACCGUGCCGGUUCCGCUCGACGCCGACGCCGGCGCGGACACCUCCUCCACCGCUGACGCCCACACCUCCUCCACCACCGCUGCAGGCCCGCAUUCUCGCAAACGAUCUCGACCUGCCUCCGACAACCUCGCUUCGCAAGCCGUGCCCUGCACCCCGCGCCUGGCGGAUCUGUGCGCCCAGCAAGGCCUCACACCUCUGCCGGACAACACCACAUAG